CUCCAUGGCAGUAGGUACAUCGCGCCCGGCGUGUCAACCGCGUGCUUGGCUAGGAGAACGGUCGGCCGCUCGCACCAGGGAGAGAAAGACCACAUCGCCGUUUCUCUGCGCUGUCACGCGCACGUCGCAAUCGCUGUUACCGCUAUUGUUACUGCCGUUGUCGUUCUCGUCCGUUUUCUCGAUUCCUGCUCACGGGCCACGAACCGCCGACGUGAUUUUUUCAAACGAAGGUUUUACGCGUCCAAAUGCACGUCGUAACGCACUCGCGCCCGACACUAGACGCAUUCUACCCGUAGCUUCGUUUUAUCGUUAUUAAUUUUUUUUUUUUUUAUAAAAAAAAAGUCACUCGGUCGAGGUUUCCAACCGUUGUCCCCCCACCCUCUCUUUACACCACAGCCGUCACCAAUCGUGGAUCGAGCGCUGCUCACGCUACGGUACUCCAAUAAUCAGGAUCGUUUUAACGGACGUGUUCGCCCGUUGUAGUUACUGGAAGUAGAACAUGUCUUGAGAGCAGUUCUCGCGGAUCGCGGAAAAAUCGGAUUCACUUGUUCCCCGCACCGCGGUUCGUUGGUUUUCGUUUUUCCGCAUUCAACACGUUCACAUGGCCGGAGCACUGGAAGUAUUACAAGAAGACGACUGGCAAGUGUGGCAGGACACCAUAUCUUGGCUGGGAAACCCUAUGGGACCGCAGGCUUCGCCGGUGUACAUUUGUGGUUCGGGUACGGUUCCUGAAUUCAUCCCUUUGACAGACAGCCUACGACCGGUGCCCAGGUCCAUCCCACUGGAGGAUGAUCUCCAACCGGUGCCCAGGUCGAUUCCACUGGAAGACGAUCUCCGGUCAGUGCCCGGGUCAAUCCCACUAGAGGAUGACCUCCGGCCGGUUCCCGGAUCAAUUCCUUUAAUCGACGGCCACCGACGAUGCGACGCAAUGGCAAUCCUCGAUAACGGAAAUCACCAUGUCAAUCACGAUACUCAACACCAUAACCAGCAGCAACCCCACGACCCAGUAUGCUACGGGACGGAUGAAUUCAUCGACCUAGACAUGUUGAUCAACUAUGUAGCCGAUCAACAUAGCGGCACCGGCGAUCCUGUGUCACCAGAUGUCAUGACGUACACAGCGGCCGAAAACUGCAAGUCCUUUAACUACAACAGGUUGACCGAUUACAAUCCGUCCGACUACAACGGUGUGAUGUACAUAUACUCGGCCGGACACGAGGGUGUCAUCGACGGUGUCCAUCAACAACAGCAACUGCACCAGCAACACCAGCAGCACCAGCAGCACCAUCAGCAGCACCAUCAGCAGCAGCAACACGUUCACCACCAGCAGCUUCACCUAUUGCAACAGCAUCACAUAUCGCCGCCGGCCAGCCCACCGGACGAUUGCGGCCACGUGAUCACCGGGUCUACGCUGUUGGCGCACAGACUGCAGAUGUCCACCGCGGCCGCGACCGUCGUGACACCGACAGCGUCCGUCCGGGUUGCGCACAAGCAGCCGACGGCCGUGUCGGCGUACACGGCGGCCAUGAUGACGCCGCCGUCGUCGCCGCCCGAAGACGGCGCGAAGGCGGCGGCGGCGGCGGCAGCGGCGACGGUGACCGGAGCGAAGACGAGCGUCGGUCGCGUGCCAGCCACCAACCCGCAGCGGCCGACGAAACGCGCGGCCGGCGGUGGCGAUCGGCGGGCUCACCGCGCGAAGAAGACGUCGGCCAACCACUCGUGCAGCCACCCGGGUUGCGGCAAGACGUACACCAAGAGCUCGCACCUGAAGGCGCACCUGCGGACGCACACGGGCGAGAAGCCGUACCAGUGUUACUGGAACGGCUGCGGCUGGAAGUUCGCGCGCUCCGACGAACUGACCCGGCACUUCCGCAAGCACACCGGCGACCGGCCGUUUAAGUGCAGGUUGUGCGACCGCGCGUUCUCCCGGUCCGAUCAUCUGUCACUGCACAUGAAGCGGCACAACGUCUGACCGGACCCGGCAUCCGUUUCCGCGCAGUUAAGACACUAAAACCCUCUCUAACUCUCUCUCUCUCUCUCUCUCUCACACACACACACAUACUUCUGCGCCGUAUCGUAAUCGUCUUUCGUGCUCGUAGUGCGGUCAGCGACGUCGUUCGGGUGCAACUCGCCGCGGUCCUAGGGUUUAGCUAUAUUCCGAAGUCGGCACAAACACGUGGUCUUUUAUCGGGGCCGCGGUCGUCGAUCGGAAAAACGAGACGUGCAUACGCUGUACUAAAAUCACGCCGCCGGGCCGAUAAGAGCCGAACGCCGAUCGGCCCUACCCCGGAAGAAACGACGCCGCCGAGGCGAAAAUCGAUCGAAGGCGCUAAACAGUCGGACACGAUAAAACACGUUACGAAUAGCCGAGCACGCUUGCACGCGCAACACUCGUACACGGUAAUAAAUAUGUUUUUCGUGUUCUUCGAACGUUACAUAAACAAUGUACACGCAGCUUGUACUGUAUACGAGUGUGUAUUUUUUUUUCUUCUCUUUUUACCGCGGUCUUACCAUAAGUAUACAUUAGUGUAGUGCACCUAUGUUUACGUGCGUAGAGAGUAUAUAAUAGUCGUAAGUUAAGUUUAAUCGUAUACGAGCGUACAUUUGUACCGAAAUAAGGUUAUAUAAUAAUUAUCAUAUGUGUGUACGUACACGUUCGGCAGCGGUUUCACACGUGUAUAUUGUACUGCGUGCAGGGCGACAGUGUUGCUUAUCAUCGCUGCAUCAGGGUGCAUCGGACACAAUGGUGUUACGGCAAAGUCGUACGGUUAUCAUAUUUGCUGUCGGACGGUACUCGUGGACUGGCACGUCAACGUUUUGUUACUCGGGCGCGCAAAACGCGCCAUAACGUCCGCUUUCGGUGUUGAACCGUAGCAAUAACUACGGUAACGGUAAUAAUAAAUAUCGUGUUGAACAGCGGCGUGGCGAACUCAAACAUUUUCAGAGGCAAGCAUAUUUUGUCGAUACACACCCACCCCCUCGAAAAAUACCCUACCCCGGCCGCCUCUCGAUUACACCCACAUCGUCACGCCGCUUUCGUGUUCGAACAUCACCGUUGCGGCGACACGAUCCGGACGUGCGCGAUGAAAUAGACUAGUGAAACAUUAUUUUUUUUUAACAAUUACAAACUUCACGCACCCAACAAUAAUCUAAUUCGUUUGCACCGGAAGCGAAACAAUCGUCUCGUGACCGACGAAAUCUUGUGAGCAUGUGCACCGCGAAAGUGAUGGACGCGGUUCAGUUGUCGUUAGAUCCUGUUGGAUCGCGGAAAACACGUUCCAUUUUCGCGACGACAUCCGACGUGCCGCGCACGCCAUCCAGAGUUCGGUGAAAAAGGUGAAAAGUUUUUUUCUCUUAACCUUCGUCGGUAAACACGACAAAUCGGUUACCAGCGCAACUUGUGGUCCAUCAUGUGUUCCAAGCGUAUACGGUUAGCUUCGACAUCAUUACGAAUAUUCGCGCGAAGAUUAUGUGCCGUCCGAUACAGUAGCGCCAAACUAUGUUUUAUCGAAAGGCGCGAACACAAAUUUUAACCACCAUAGAUGCCCUCAAAUAUAUUAUUUUCAUUCCGGUCCAAGGUCGAAUGUCUACGCUAUUUUUUUCCGCGGUUAUCUGGCAGUCAAUUAUCAAUCGUUUAAUCGUGUUCAUAUUAAGUAGUUACCUACUGGCUACCGAGUGCAGAUUUAUCAAAAUUAUAUAAAUUCAGUAAUCAUCACUUAAUCUUAAGUGGUACAAUAGGGUGACCAUAUUAAAAAAAAA